AUGUUUCCAAGUUUUAAAUCUCUCCGUGAUCGAAAAAAUAAAUUAAGACAACUCGCUGCAGAAAACAGUGAUGAGCUUCAAUUAGCACGCAUUAAGAAUGAUCGAUACAAACUAACACAAUGGGCUACGGAUCUGGAAAAAACGAUAGAUACUUCGACGCUUCAACAAUUGCUAAGGAAAGUAGCACCUUCCCUCACAACUACCGGAAUUCAAGCAUCUCCAACAAUGACAACAAUGGGAAUACAAGCAACACCUUCUAUGACAGCUACCGGAAUUCAAGCCGCUCCAUCUAUGAGUUCAACGGGCCUGAUUGAUGAGGAAGACUCCCUGUCGGAUAUUGAUGACACACAGAGUACAUAUGACUUUGGGACUAUUAAUCCAAUUCUAAAUUCUGGUACUCCAGAUAAAAACGUAUAUAUUGGGACGGAUGGUAAAUUAUUUAAUGUAAAUAACGGAAAACAAAAGAAACUGCUAUUGGCUCGUCACAUCAGUUUGGAUUAG